UACCGUUUAACAGCAUAUUCCGUCACUUGACACAAACUGUCAUGGUUUUUUAUCGCGCUCUAGUGACAUCUGUCAUCGCGUAUCUCAGUCUGCUACGCGUGAAGCUGUGGAUGUGAACUUAAUUGGUAACAUUAAUAAUGUAAUAAUAAUGUAAUAAUUAAUAAUGUAGCCACAACAGCAGCUUCGCGUAAGGUAAAGUUAAUAACGUUUUUGGUGUAAGCAAAACUAAAAGCAAUCUAAAUGUUGUCCUGAACUUAUAAUGGUAGCAAAGAAAUGUUGAUAUGGACCCUUAUAUCUGUUAUAUUCGAGUCAAUUGCUGUCUUUCUAUCGAGAUGGGCUGGAUGCACUUGAACAUCUUUUCAUCUCCACGCCCGGUGAAGUGAACAACACACCGGAAAGCGAGGCUUUUAAGUGCUCUCUUGAUUUUGCACUGAAACUUUAAGGAUAAAUGAUGUCUAAAACUCUAAAGAGGAAGAAACACUGGUCCACUAAAGUGGAGGAAUGCGCCGUGUCGUGGGGAAGCGUCGGGGAGUUCGGUGAUGUUGUGGAGAUCCUCGGAGGCGCCGAGCACGGGGAGUUCCCGUUUCUUGGUCAGAUGAACUUGGACGUACUAGUGUGUCAUGUCGGGAGACUACCGUACUACGGGGAUGUGUUAUUAGAGGUGAACGGGACACCUGUCAGCGGGCUGACGAACCGAGACACGCACGCGGUGAUCCGCCACUUUCGGGAGCCGAUCCGCAUUAAGACCGUCAAACCAGGUAAAGUUCUGAACACUGAUUUGAGGCAUUAUCUUAGCCUGCAGUUCCAGAAAGGAUCAAUCGACCACAAACUACAGCAAGUGAUCCGAGACAACCUCUACCUGCGAACAAUUCCAUGUACCACACGGCUGCCCAGAGAGGGGGAAGUUCCUGGAGUGGACUAUAAUUUUAUCAGCGUGGGGGAUUUUCGCAUUCUGGAAGAAAGUGGUUUGCUGCUGGAGAGUGGAACAUAUGAUGGUAACUUCUAUGGCACUCCAAAACCUCCUGCCGAGCCCAACUUGAUUCAGCCUGACCUUGUGGACCAGGUUCUGUUUGAGGAGGAUUAUGGCACUGAGGUUCCAAGAAAGAGAACCACCUCUGUCAGCAAGAUGGAUCGCAAGGACAGCGCCGUCCCCGAAGAGGAGGAAGAUGAGGAACGACCACAGCUCCCAAACGGCAUUCCAGAGAGGACAGAGGAGUGGAGGAAAGCCGUGCCCAGCUACACUCAGUCCAGUGGUGGAGGCAGUGCUGGUGGCAGUGGAACAUUGGAACUUCGCACCUGGAGCUCUUUACCCAGAGACGACAGUCUGGAACCUCUGCCGUACAACUGGGAAAUGGCUUACACGGAGACUGGCAUGGUCUACUUCAUAGAUCACAACACAAAGUCGACUACAUGGUUGGACCCCCGUCUGGUCAAGAAAGCCAAGCCUCCCGAAAAGUGUGAGGAUGGAGAACUUCCAUAUGGUUGGGAGGAGAUUGAUGACCCACAGUAUGGCACAUAUUAUGUUGAUCACAUAAACCAGAGAACCCAGUUUGAGAAUCCAGUUCUAGAAGCCAAGAGAAAACUUGGUUUGGACACUGCUGUUGCAACUCAAAACCAACAGAGGACAGCACCUCCUCCAGGUGGAGCUGGUGGUACGCCCGGGUUCACAAGGGACCCAGCCCAGCUGAAGGGCGAGCUGUACCACACAGCUCUCAGGAAGAGCCAGCAGGGUUUUGGAUUCACCAUCAUUGGAGGAGAUCGACCUGAUGAGUUUCUGCAGGUGAAGAAUGUUCUUGGAGAUGGACCAGCUGCCCAGGACAACAAGAUGGCUUCUGGUGACGUUAUUGUGGAGAUCAACGGCACACUUGUCUUAGGCAAGACCCACGCUGACGUCGUACACAUGUUCCAGUGCAUCCCCAUUAACCAGUACGUUGACAUGGUCCUCUGCCGUGGAUACUCGCUCCCCCCUGAUGUGGACACGGAUAGUGAAGACCUCCCCCCUCCUCCCCCUCCCCCAACAGGAGAGAUCGUAACUGCCGUACCACUCAUCAAUGGCCAACCAUUGCUGGUCAAAGGUGAUGCUCUCCACGGCUCCUCCCAAGAGCUUCACUACGUAACCACAGACUCCAGUGGGCGGCCUGUGGUCGCCGCACUUCCUCCCAACACCGGCGGUGCCAACGAUAGGCCCGAAACUGGGAUGCUACAUCCAGAGCUGGUUACUGUUGCGAUCAUGAAGGGACCUGGUGGGUUUGGAUUCGCCAUCGCAGACUGUCCGCUGGGCCAGAAGGUGAAAAUGAUACUGGAUGAGCAGUGGUGCCGUGGUCUGCUCAAAGGAGAUGUUAUAAAGGAGAUUAACAGACAGAACGUGCAGACGCUGAGCCAUGCGCAGGUGGUGGAUAUUUUGAAGGACCUGCCCGUGGGAAGUGAAGUCACUCUGUUGGUGCUGAGAGGAGGUCAGACAUCGCCUGUGAAGAGUUUAAGACCUAGACAUGGAAUGAGUGCCAGCACGGAGACUCUGGACCGUUGCCAUGACAUCAUGGUACCCCCAGCUUUGACAUAUCAUUCAAAAACACUGCCAUGCACCUCGCCAAAACAAAAUGCUUCACUCCACUACAGCAAACCCAAAGCCUUGCCAGAGAGCAUAGGGUCUCUUCCUGCAAUACCUCACUGUAAAGAGUUGGAUGUGUUCAUUAAGAGAGAUCAGGAGUCAGGGUUUGGCUUCCGUGUGCUGGGUGGAGAAGGUGCAGAACAGCCAGUGUAUAUUGGUGCCAUCAUUCCCCAGGGCGCGGCAGAGAAAGAGGGCCGUCUGAGGGCCGGAGAUGAGCUCAUUGGCAUUGAUGGCAUCACGGUUAAAGGGAAAUCUCACAAACAAGUUUUGGAUCUAAUGACCAAUGCAGCCCGCAAUGGACAAGUGCUCCUCUCUGUUCGCAGGAAGGUCAUUUACAGAGAUUCCUCAGAGGAUGUUGGGAGCGGCGCUCUGACCCUUGUGAAUGGCUCACCACGGCUUCCACGUAUACAGGUGCCAAGCAUCAAGGACCAGGAGUCGUUUGAUAUCACGCUUAAUCGUAAAGAUAACGAGGGCUUCGGUUUUGUCAUUCUGACCUCGAAAAGCAAACCGCCACCUGGAGUGUGCAUUGCAGUGAUCCCUCACAAGAUCGGACGUAUAAUCGAGGGCAGUCCGACGGAUCGCUGCGGUUUGCUGAAUGUGGGCGACCGCAUUUGUGCUGUGAACGGUCAGUCCAUCAUAGAGCUCUCGCACAACGAGAUUGUUCAAUUUAUCAAAGAUGCUGGAAACUCAGUCACACUCACCGUGGUUCCUGAGGAGGAGUACAAAGGCCCGCCCUCGGGAGCCAGCUCAGCCAAACAAAGUCCAGCACCACAGCACAAGAUUCUGAAAUCCACUACACAGGAUGAGAGGUAUGUUUUGGAUAUGGAUGAGAUCAGGGAUGAGCUUGCAUGGAUGGAGUAUAAAUCUCUUCCCAUGACUGAGCAGGGAACACUGUGUGUCACCAACUCCAAACAGGGCUGUAUAGCAGUUGAGUUGGAGCGUGGUUCUCGUGGUUUUGGCUUCAGUCUGAGAGGUGGAACAGAGUAUAACAUGGGCCUUUACAUACUGCGACUGGCUGAAGACGGCCCUGCACUACAGGAUGGCAGGAUACACGUAGGAGAUCAGGUAGUGGAGAUCAAUGGGGAACAGACACAAGGCAUCAGUCACACUAGAGCCAUUGAGCUCAUCCAGGCUGGAGGAAACAAAGUGCUACUAUUACUGCGACCACAAGCCCUCUUAUCUGAAAACAGUUCUCAAGGAGAUAUUAUCCAUCCUGACCCACAGGGAUCCAACACUUCUAAAAUUCCCCGCAAGUCUACUCUCUUUCAUCCAUCAUCACCGUCAGUGAAGAAGAGAACAUCAGACCUGUCAAGCUCAAUUGCCCGUUCUCAUGCCUCCUUAGAUCUUGCUCACCAGGAUCCACGCCCUGAAGACAGCACCGUGGAGAAGCUUGCCAAACCACGAAAACCCAGCUCUUCCAACGCCUCAAAGCAGUGCCGCAUCAAGAGUCGGUCUGCAGAGAAUCUCCUUGAUCUUGGAGAUACAAAGAAAUCCAAAAGCCCACACAAAGACAAAGCUCACAGCUACAAAGAAAACAUGCAGUUAAGCUCUCAGGACUCCAACAAAAAUAGGAAGUCCAACCAACAUAGUCACUCAGUCAGUCCCAAGAAGUCCAAGUCUGAAGGACAGGAAGUGGUAAUUAGCGAUGGGCUCGGAAGGAAAGACGAACAUCCUAAAAAGGGGACGCCAAGGGUGGACCAGAUGAAAAGUGACACCGAGAAGAUGAAAAAACAGGAAUCUAGAGGAUGGAAGCAAAUUUAUACUGGAGAUGACAAGGAGAGGUCGAGGAAGAGCGAGGGAGUGGAUAAAGCGAUUGAGCCAAAAUGGGAGGCAGAACUGAAAAACACCAAAAGGACAGAAACAAUAAAAGAUAGAGAGCAAUUAAAUAAUGGCACCCACUUAUCAAGAAGAGAGGUAGAGAAGAGGAGUAAACAAACAAAGGAUAAAAGAUCUUCGAGGGAUCCAAAAGAGGAAAACAACAAGAAAAUGAUGAACGGGAUAGUAGACAGGAAAGAAAACAAAAGAAUAGGAAGUGAGAGUGAUGGCAGGAAAGGUGACAUUGUCACUGAUACGGCCCCAAUCCCCAACAGGGCAAGUCUAGCCUUCGACAGCUUGAUCCCACUAAACGAUGGCCUUUGGAAGAUACCUAGCUACGCUCGCAUUCUUACUCGUGAGGAAGUGAUGCGAGAUGUUCACGAGUAGCUUCUUCUUGUCGAUGCUUGGGCAUUGAAGUUCUGAGGCCUGAAACACACUCUACGCAAAUACAUAAUUCUAGCAAUUCAAAGCUCGUUUUUACGUAUCGUUGCGUUCUGAAAUGUGUCACAAUGCAAAACAUUGCAUUCUCAGUGAGAACAAUUUGAGGAAUGUUACCACCAUAGUGUGUUUAACGCUUGCAGUGUGUUGACAAAUUCUUCGCGUCUGAAUUUGCGUACUUGCGCAGAGUGUGUGUCUGGCAUUACACCCUUUUUUCCCCAAGGAGGUCUUCCUUCCAGGUAUUGAUUAGGCUCGCUCCUGCUAGCUUCGUCAGGUAACCAGCUGAGCACAAACACAUUCAUGCUCUUAAGAAUUCACACUCUAAUACUUUAUUUAUGUUUGUAUUCUGCAAUCACACUGAUAUACAAAUAAACCGGUUCAGUCACAACAUGUUGACAUGAAGCUUCAUCCAAGCUGCCUUUUAUGCAGUUCUAGAGAUCAUUGCUUAUAAACUUAAUAGACUUGGACAAUUUUGACAGGCAAUUUCUACGGCUUUGUGGCCAAAGGCAUGGAGCUUCGUUUUGUCUGGACAGCCUCUUUCAAUUUUCUUCAUGCCAACUGACAUUAAACAACAUGAGGACUCUCUAAACACAUCAGGAUGCAAUUAUUCCUUAUGCAAUUUAAGGGAACAUUCCCCAUCAAUCACCAAAACAUCAGUGCAAGUUUAUAUUUCAGUCACAAAAGCAAGUCCUUACUUAUUUUAUUUUUUUUUCUGCAUGCAAACUAGAACACAACAAUUUGUUGCAUGCCUUUUAGACCCGCCCAGUUUGUCUUAUGUUUCCAAGCUUUGUAAAUAAGAACUAUCUUCACAAUUGGGGGCUUUACCAGGGACUUUUCAAGACUGUUCACUUUCUUCCCUAUCGUUGAUUCCUUGAUCUCCAAAUAUUAUAAUUGCAAAUGACCAGACACUUGUGCUUUAUUAUACCAAGAACAUUAUCAAAUGUUUAUUUAUUGAAAACAUGUACAGUAUAUGAAUAUAGACACAUGUAGCUCUAUGAAAUUGUGACAUUUAUUUAGGUUUAGAGAUACAGGCUCAUGCAAAGCACCGUGGAAGUUUUACCUUGUAGCAACUGUUUUGACUUACCACAAAAAUAAUGGUACAUGCAAAUGUAUUUUUGAAUAGUCUAUCAAAACAGAUUUCAUAUUUUAUUUAUAUAUACAGUAUAUACUGUAUCAGUGUCCAGCUUGCUCAAGGCUGAGGCAAGCAGUGCUAGAAAAUUAACCCAUCAGUUAUGAGAUGCUAUACUGUACUACUUUAUAUUGGUCAAGAACAUAUCUGGGUCGUUUUUCAUCCCAAAAUCAGGAGAAAUAAAUAAUAGAUUACAUUUGAAAAAUGCCAUUCUCAAUACUGUAAUGUGAAAAAAAAGUUGAUUAUAAAUUAAAUUGUAAUAAUUUAUACAUCAUAGUAUUUGUUGUACUGCCUAUAGUUAAUAAUGAUUUAAAUAAAAAUUAUUGUAUUACAGAUUUUUUUUUUUUUUUUACUAUAAUAGAGUAAAAAUGAACUGUAUUGCAGUAAUGAAAAUCUAUUGCUAAUCAUUACUGAUAAUAAUGUGAAUUCCAUACAAACUCAAAAGUAAAACAUCCAGAUGCAUGCGGUAAUGAGAAUUUUGGGAAAACUGUGCUUAAUUGUAAUUAAACGAUAUUGCAAUGCAAUAUACAGUAUACGUAUGUGUGUGUGUGGGGUGGGGGGGGCAGGUUUAAGUGGUUUACGAGGACUUGUUUUUAGGUUACAAACUGGUAAUUACAAGGGUAUUAUGCUAUAAAUGUGGUUUAUGAGGACAUUUCUAGUGUCUCCAUAAUUCAAAUCGCUUAAAAAAACAUACUAAACAAUGUUUUAUUGAAAAUGUAAAAAUGCAGAACGUUUUUUUUGUGAGGAUUAGGUUUAGGGGUAGGGUUAGGGGAUAGAAUCUAUAGUUUGUACAGUAUAAAAAUCAUUAUGUCUGUGGAGAGUCCUCGUAAUGAUAGUUGCACCAACGUGUGUGUGUGCGUGUGUGUGUGUGUGUGUAAUUUACUUUCCUUUAUUUUUUUAUUUUUUUUUAUUUUGAGGUGAAAUAUGACCUGAACAUGUUUUUUGUUUUUGUAAUUCACCCAAAUGAUUCCCAGUUUAAAAAUAUGAAUAAGAGGAGGACAAAUUUAAAAUAGGAAUAUUGUGGAUAAAAUUUUCUAUCAGUAUGAUGAUCAACUAAUUUUGUCCAUGCUUGCUAAUGACACAUGAUAGUCAGUUGUGGGUAGUAUCUGAAAGGGCUGAUUUAUUGGUGAUUACGGUUUUGAGAUCUAAAAUGUGCCCAAGAUUAACUUGUAAGGUCUGAACUCUAUUGGAAAUUACAUGAUUUUAAAUACCAAAGGACGAGUGGCCAUUCCAUGUUGUGUAUAAAUUGUUUUAAUGAUAAUGACCUCGGGGUAUGAUAUCUAUUUAAAAGCUGUGUAGCACAGCUUGAAUAUAAAUGAUGAAUACUCAAACACAUCAAAUUACUAAGAUAAUUUUAUUGUUUACAAUAAGUUGUGAUGGUGUUACAGUGAUUUGUGCAUAUGACAUACUUCAAAGAUAAAGCUUGAUUUCAUAUAUAUUUAAUUUGGACAAAAUGUUACAAAAAUGUAAUAUAAGCAAUGUUAGCAUCAUCUGCUGUACAUAAUUUGCUCAUAUCAGUCAUCCAUAUUUAAAAGUGAGGCCUAGAUUCACUUUAGAACCAUGGUCUCAAUAUAAUGUGGUCUGAUUCAUGUAAAUGAUUAAAUACUGUACAGCACCUUUAUAAAAAAAAAAAAAACUUGACUGAGUGCUCUCUCUCAAAGAAAGAAUAUAGAUCUGUAAAUUUGUUCUGUUAUUUUUCUAAGUAAUUAUUUAAGUGGGUUGGAAAUAUUUAAAGACGGUGGAAAUAAAAUAAAAUAAUG